CAAACAUCGAAGUCUACGUGUCCCUCUUCUCCUAAAAGGCUAAAACCUCCAGAUUUAACCGCCACUGAGCUAAGUCUGCAACUUCAUUCGGCUCCCUCUUCUUCUUCCUCACCAUUUUCAUACUUCAAAAUUCAAAUCAGUUUCCUGGCAAAGGGGAAACAAAACCCAUGUCCAAAUGACCACGAUAUCGUUAUCCUUAUCCCCAAUUCCCCGCCCUAUCUCAAUCUCUGUCAUUCCCUUUCCAGCCAAACUCCCAAGCCUUCAAUCCGCCACCUUCGACCGCCGGCGGCUCCUCCUCCCUCUGACCUCCGUCUUUGCCCGAGCAAAGUCCAAAGAACUCAUCCUCGGAAACCCUUCUGUGACGGUGGAAAAGGGCAAGUACAGCUACGACGUCGAGACCCUUAUCAACAAGCUCUCUAGUCUUCCUCCCCGUGGUAGCAUUGCUCGAUGCCUCGACGCCUUCAAGAACAAGCUCUCCCUCUCUGAUUUCUCCCUCGUUUUCAAAGAAUUCGCCGCCCGCGGCGACUGGCAACGGUCUCUUCGUUUGUUCAAGUAUAUGCAGCGGCAGCUAUGGUGUAAGCCUAAUGAACAUAUUUAUACUUUAAUGAUUGGAAUUCUUGGCAGGGAAGGCCUUUUAGAGAAAGCUUACGAAGUGUUUGAAGAAAUGCCUGAGCAUAAUGUUGUUAGGACUGUUUUAUCCUACACUUCUAUCAUUAAUGCCUUCGGCCGAAAUGGUCAGUAUGAAACGUCUCUGAAGUUGCUUAGGGAAAUGAAGAAAGAGAGAAUCAUGCCUAGUAUUUUGACUUAUAAUACCACCAUUAAUGCUUGUGCCCGUGGCGGGUAUGAGUGGGAGGGUCUUCUUGGUUUAUUUGCAGAGAUGAGACACGAAGGAAUUCAACCCGAUUUAGUAACAUAUAAUACUUUGUUAAGUGCUUGUGCGAAUCGGAAAUUGGGGGAUGAGGCCGAAAUGGUGUUUAGGACGAUGAAUGAGAGUGGGGUUUUACCGGAUAUAACUACCUUUAGUUAUUUAGUUGAGACAUUUGGAAAGUUGGGAAAGUUAGAGAAGGUAACUGAGUUAUUGAGAGAAAUGGAGGAAGAUGGGAAUUUGCCCGAGAUAACUAGUUAUAAUGUGUUGUUGGAGGCCUAUGCGGAUUUAGGGUUGAUAAAUGAGGCCUUGGGAGUGUUUAGGCAAAUGCAGGCAGCUGGUUGCAUGCCUAAUGCCUCUACUUAUAGUAUUUUGCUUAACCUAUAUGGGACUCAAGGGAGGUAUGAUGAGGUUAGGAAUCUGUUUCUUGAAAUGAAGGUGAGUAAUACAGAACCGGAUGCAGCAACGUAUAACAUACUUAUUCAGGUUUUUGGAGAGGGGGGGUAUUUUAAGGAGGUGGUGACUUUAUUUCAUGAUAUGGUAGAGGAAAUUGUAGAGCCAAAUAUGGAGACAUAUGAGGGAUUAAUAUAUUCUUGCGGGAAAGGGGGCCUUCAUGAGGACGCAAGGAGAAUUCUGCUCCACAUGAAUGGUAAAGGAGUGGUUCCUAGCUCGAAAGCAUGGACAGGAGUAAUUGAAGCCUAUGGACAGGCUGGGUUGUAUGAGGAGGCUCUUGUUGCAUUCAAUACAAUGAAUGAGGUCGGGAGCAUUCCAACCGUUGAGGCAUAUAAUUCUUUGCUUCAUGCAUUUGCCAAAGGAGGACUCUACAAAGAAUGUGAAGCAAUUACUGCUAGAAUGGGAGAGCAUGGAGUCCAGCGGAACAGUGAUUCGUUUAAUGCUGUCAUUGAAGGAUAUAGACAGGGUGGGAAAUUUGAGGAUGCCAUGAAGGCUUAUGUUGAAAUGGAAAAGGCGAGAUGUGACCCUGAUGAGUUUACCCUUGAGGCAGUUUUAAGUGUUUACUGCUUUGCAGGUCUCACAGAUGAGAGUGAGCAGCAGUUCCAAGAAAUUAAGGAGUUGGGUAUAUUGCCAAGUAUAAUGUGCUAUUGUAUGAUGCUGGCAGUUUAUGCGAGAAGUGCGAGAUGGGACAAAGCCUAUGAAUUGCUGAAUGAGAUGCUUUCGACUAAAGCAUCCAAUGUUCAUCAAGUUAUUGGGCAGAUGAUCAAGGGUGACUUUGAUGAUGAAAACAACUGGCAGAUGGUAGAGUACGUUUUCGACAAACUGAGCUCUGAAGGUUGUAGUUUGGGGAUGAGAUUCUACAAUACACUUCUUGAAGCACUUUGGUGGCUUGGCCAGAAGGAAAGGGCAGCAAGAGUACUGGAUGAAGCAACAAAGAGGGGAAUCUUUCCUGGGUUAUUUCGUUUGAACAAACUUGUUUGGUCUGUGGAUGUGCACAGGUGGUUUUCUAUUUCCAGACUCCAAAAGAUGCUAUUUUCUGUUAAGGAAUUUUCUUAUAGUUAUAAGAAUAACAUAUGUUCAAUUUUUGCUUCUCAUCCACUCUUGUUUUUCAUGAAUUUCUACCAUUUUAGGAUGUGGCCUGGUGGUGCUUGUACUGCAGUUUCCGUAUGGCUGAAGAAGAUGCAAGAAAUAUCCUGUAAUGAAGAGGAGCUUCCGCAUCUUGCAACAGUUGUCUUGGUAAGAGGACAGUUGGAAAGUAGCUCAAUAGCACAAGAUUUCCCUGUUGCAAAAGCUGCGGAUUCCUUGCUAAGGGAUACUGUUUCAUCGACCUUUGGUUUCCCUGGAUGGAAUAACGGGAGGAUAGUCUGCCAAAAAUCUCAGCUUAAGCGCAUCCUAUUUACCAGAGAAACAUCCUCUGAAGGAACUGAAAGUGAUUUUACAAUUAAUCUGAGUAACUCUCCUUUUCCUUUCGUGGAAACAAAAACAUCCAGGAAUGAAGUCAAGAGAAGGCAACAAGAUAGUGCUGAUAACGAGGCAGGCAUUAGAAAGAGAAUGGAACUCACUGCCAGUUCCAUUUAAACAGAUAAGGGUAUACCUAGAUCAGUUUUUGGUCCAAUAUUUGUGUGGGAAAGAACUGAAGUGAAUGAUUGUUGAAUCAAGAACGCCUCUACAAUGAUUGUUGAGCUAAGAUCUGCACUAAACCGUGCAUGGGGAGUUCAAGUGAAGAUCCUGAGCUAGCUGAAUACGUUGAAUAGGAUGUAGAAUUCUCUGAAUCUCGUGAAGUUCAGCGUGAUAGUUCAAUAGAUUGUGUUGCCACCCUUUUUUUGUUCUUGGCUUAGAAACAGGAGGCGAGGCAGACAUUGACAGCAGUCAGAUAAAAUCCUUGUCCUGAUUGGUUCAUGUCUCUCACUUUCUCUUCCACUCUCUGUAUCCUGGUGCUAAAGAUUUGAUGCAUCUCAUUCCCGAGGUGAGCAAAGGUCCUAUAAGUUACAGUUUGGGUAAAGUUAGAUUUAUCUUAAAAAUUCUUUGUUUCUAACCUAGGAAGUUUUGAAUUUUUGUAACUUAAAAGAUGACUAUAGAUUGAAAACUCCCGAAAUUUGCUAAAACAUACAUGAUGGACCAUACACUGUUUCAGUCUACUUGUCAUGAAUAGAUAGUCUCUGAUGUCGCGGAAGCUCUUGUUCGACUUUUCUUAAUUUUUAUCCAACCAAAGUGUGUUUAGGCAGUCAAUCAGUCAUCAUUGUGGGGAAAUGGAAUGCUGUCUAUUCUUCUUCUUUUUUUUUUUAAUUCUCAUAUGGAGAAAUUAUUUAUAUACUUGAUAUAAUCAAAUCAUUGUUGUACCUAAUAAAAGAAAUAUUGUAAAGAUGGGAGAAACAUCUUUAAAGAUGAAAAGAGAUGAUCUUCUUCAGACUUUGCCUUUUAGUCUUUUACCACUUUUCAGGUGAAACUUCUCACAUAAAAAUGCAUUAGAUGAGCUAAAAAGGAAGAUCAAAAGAGAUGGAAAGUGCAUCAGUGGACCAUCCUCAUUCCUAUAUGCCAUUAAUAUCUGGGCUUUUUCAAUUCAUGUUUUGGAGAAGAACUAGUUGUAAAUUCAGUAUUCAGUGCACUAUGUCAAUAAACUGAAGGCUGAAGCCCACUUUCGUUCUUUGUAGCAUUAUGCAUGUCACCUUAAAAUUGUACUCCUACAAUUUACUAAUGCACGGGAGGAAAAAUUUCGUAUGUGAGGGAAAGUUUCACUGUCGAGUCCAAAUCAGAACUAGAAGAAAAGGAGAUGCUGGAACAGCGUAGUUCUUGGUUGAGCAUUAAACUUUAUGGGAUUAUUCGGUUUUUUUCCCCACUUUAGUAAUUAAUCCAUCCAUUACUUUGAGAUGUUACUAAAUAAGUUACAGCUUGAUGGAGUGAGAUUUACUUUAGAGCUGAGACAUGAAAGUUUUGUCACUCUAGAUUAGGCCUUGUUCUUUUAUAAAUGAUGAUUAAG